CGGCUGGGGUGGGAGGAGAGAGAGAACGGAGCAAACGACGCCGAGCCGGAGCACGCGUUCUACGCCCCUCUCCCUCUCCCUCUCUCUCACGGGAGGCGAGUGCGAGGGCGGAGGCGAGGCGAGGCGCGGGGGGUCGGAUUUGGGGAGGCUGAUCGAGCAGGGGAUCCGCCGCCCCUCCAUCCCCUCCGGGUCUCGUGGCAGGCGCGGGGGCUCCGGGUCGGUUGGUCUUUGAUCCCGCGCCCCCAGAUCAGCAGGGAUCGCGCGCGGAUCCUAGGCCGGCCUCGGUCGCCGCUCUCGCCCCGGAGUUCUCCCUGAUCCGUUGGAUAGAUCACUAUAUAAUCCUCGUCCUACAUCCACACGCUUGAAAGGCUUCAUAUAUAUUCAUUUUAGCAUGAAGCACAAUCGAUUAAUUUUCGCCAAUAUUGGUCAUGCUGGGGGAUACAUGUACCAGUAUCCGCCAGAGUUUCCAAUGUCCCACGAUCUUGGGCUGAGUUUGGUAACACAUCUCGGAAGAUUGUUGGGGAGUUCUUUGCAACAUCGCAGGGAGAUCUGUUUUUCAGGAAAUGUGAAGGCUCAGGAAGCAUUCAUCUGCCUCAGGAAGUUUGCCAGAGCUUUCUUCUUCUGGUUUUCUAGAGCGUAUGACCCCAAGAGUCCCCACGGGUUUUCACAUAUAAAGCGAGUGACUUCUGGUGUGCAAAAUUUGGUGGGAUCGCAGUUUGCUUCUCUAAAAGAAGGGCAUGCUGUACAGCUGUUGUUAGCCAGACUUGCACAGGCAACCGUUGGACGAAUGUGGAAUGACAUUGAGCAGCAACAUGCCAGCAAUCUUCUUACUAUGGCUGGUUUUGCUGCUAUCGUACCACCAUUUGAAAACAUAUCUCCGAAGAUGCUUGCAGAGUUGAUGGUGUUUGGGAAUGUUGAUGGUUAUAUCAACAUGCCAGCAGAUCAGUCUUGUUUGGACGGAAAACGCUUAAGUUGUUCUUCUGUUGCUGUGCCAACUACGAUCUUUCAGGAAGACGCAGUUGAACCAAAAACUGGAAUCAAGUUCCCUGCAUUCCUUGAAGAUGACUCCUGUCCAGCUACAACGGUCCUCGUUGGGGUGGGUUUCAAAGGCAUGAAAAUAAUGAGGGUCAAAAAUUUGAACCUGUACGCUUUUGGUUUAUAUAUGCAACCGAAUACUAUUUGCGAGAAGCUGGGUCCUAAGUAUGCUUCAGUUCCAACCACCAAUCUGAAGGAUGACCCAGAUUUCUAUAAUGAUCUUCUGAGGGAAAACCUUCAUAUCAGGCUUAGGUUGGUAGUCAACUACAAAGGCCUUAGCAUUGGUGCAGUGAGAGAUGUAUUCGAGAAGUCACUUGGCCUGCGUUUGCGAAAGAUAAAUCCCAACACUGACUAUCAUUGCUUGAAGACCUUUGCUUCUUACUUCACUAAAGAUAUCCCUAUACCUGCUGGCACAAAGAUCGACUUCUGCCAAACGUCCGACGGUCAGCUAAUAACAGAAAGUAAGUACCUCAGGCCGUGGCUGCUGAGUCAGAUUUAUUUGUUUCGUGGUGUUCUCUAUGUAAUAUUGAGUGUAUCUUAUGUUUGUUUGCAGUUGAUGGCAGGCAGAUCAGUGCUGUUGAGAGCAAAGACCUUUGCAGGGCUUUCUUCGACAUGUACAUCGGCGAUUCGCCCGUAUCGUUAGAGGCCAAAAGGGAAGUCGCCCGGAACGUCGCCGGACUCAUGGGAAGAUGCGGCGGAUGAAAGAGGGCCGGUGGGUCAGAGAAUUCUUUUGUUCUUCCGUUACAGCAUGUGGAUAGGAGGAAACUAGGCGAGAAUCGUUGCGUGUACAUACGCUGAGAGAUCUGGUAACCUGUAAAGUGGAAAGGGCGAUGUUGUAUUGUUGUAAUACACACACAUGGGAGAUGCGCAUCUGCCUGCUGUGCAAGGGGCCUCCGUCCCCAUUAGGAUGGAGCUCUUUCCUUUUUGUAGAUGAGAGGAGUUGAGGAUGCUUCUCCCAUGAUGAAAGAAAAUAUACAAGCCUGCAAGUCUUUUCGUUGGUGC